UUGACUGCGGGGCCCAGCAGCCUACGCUCAGCUCAGCAGGUGUGGAGAGGACAGAUGUGGACAGAGAUGGAAGAGUUAGUGUCCCUCACAGGUCAGCGGCACAAGGACGCUUUCACCCAAACGCCAAAGUAAACCAGGGACAGAGACGUGAAAAAAACAAAACAAACUAUGGAAUAAAGAUAAUUUUUCUCCAACUCAGCAGAAUCUCUCCACACGGUGAACGAGGUCAAGGCGAUGAAGGACCCCCUGUUGGACUGCAGCCCCCUCAUCAGUGCAGCGGCCUCAGCUAAGCUCCGCCUGGUUCGCCUGCUGGUAGAAGGCGGGGCUCAGGUCAACGGGCGCAACCCCAAAGGCGAGACGGCGCUGCUGGCUGCCUGCAAGGCCCUGAAGGAGGAGCCCACUGCGCCUGACACAGUGAAACUCCUCACAUACCUGCUCCACAACAAGGCUAAUCCAAACGCACAGGACUGCACUGGGCGCACCGCUCUGAUGUACGCCUGCAUGCAGCGAGCAGGAGCUGAGGUGGCGUCCACGCUGCUGACCACGGGAGCCGACCCCAGCAUGGAGGAUCACUCCGGAGCCUCCGCUCUGGUGUACGCCAUCAACGCGCAGCACCGACCCACGCUGGAGGUGUUAAUGGACGCCUGUCAAGCCAAGGGCUGUGACAUCAUCAUCAUCGCCACGGAGGUCGGUGUGAGCGGAGGUCCGGUGACCAGGCGUUACCUGAAUGUCCCGCCGUCCCCCGACUCCUCGCCGGUGUCCUGCAUGUCCCCGUCGGAUAUCGUCCUGAAGACGGGCUCGCCCAACUCAGGCGAGGUGGAGAACGUCUUCAACUUCAGAGGAACCGGUGAGUGUGCAGCCUGGAGGAGAGGCUGGAUAUCUGCAAACAUAUGAGUCUGGUCACACUCGACAUUAUCAAGGUUCAUUUUUGUUAAAUA